ACCAUGAUUUGUGGGCUUCAUAAAUCACAUCACAACACUAAUUAAUCUUUGUUGUCACUUCUCCAACACUCAACCACAAAUCUCUAGUCUUAAUGACAAAAGAGUGAUUUCAUUUAUUUGUAAGUAAAUAUUUUACUACUUGUAUGUCCAAAUCCGAAAUUUCAAUUAUCAUAACAAAAAAGGAAUACUGAAUAGUUGAGAAAAAAAAAUGCUACUACUGCUAUUCAGAUAAAAUUGAAAUUCAAUCAAAUCUACGGGGCUUAGUUAAUAGGUGCAAAUCGCGAUGCGUAGCUCUCUUUCAACUACAUUAAACUCAUUGGGAGUGGUCUCCCAAUAGUAAAUCUUUUUUGGGGGUGAAUUUAUUAAUCAAUUCUCAUUUCCAUACUUUCUAACCAACUAAUUAACAACCAUUUAAUUUAACAUUUGUGAAUUUAGAGAGAAAAUGAAGUGAAAUUUGUUGACAUCCCACGUUGAGCCCACGUUCCCAUAGAUUCUCUCUUAAGCCUCACGGCGGUUUCACCGUCCUUGUACCCUUUUCCGACAUCUCCGCCACAAAUCUUUUGGUAUUUCCCUCUGUUGUCGGUUUCUUCAAAAACUCACUUCUUCUUCUUCUUCAAUAUUAAUUACUACUCCUGGUCCCUAUUUGCCAUUUUAGACUACUACUUGUUUGUCUUUAACUUUGUCCAUACAAGACCCCACCUCAUCAUCAUCAACAACAUCUUCCUCUACUCAUUUACUCUCUUUCUCUCUCUCUCCUAGCUGUAUUCAACUUACUUUAAAAGUGUGAACACAUCUUCUCAAAACAAUAACCCUCCAAAAAUAUUCAAUUUUUUUUUUUGAUAGUCUCCAUCCCAAGACUGCAUUUUUCUCUACACCCACUACUACUUCUUUAGUCUAAAGCAGAGAUGAGUGAAAACCCACCUCCCAGAUUCUUCAACACAAUGACCCAUUUGAAGAUUUUCAAGAAACUCAAGCCUUUUGAGCCUUCACCAGGUGUUCUUGGCUGCUUCUUUUUCACCGUUUGCUUAUUCUUGUAUCUCUUCUUGUUGGAUUAUACAACAGUAAACAAAGUGCCUCGGUUGCAUCAGCCAUCCUUGUUAGCUACUUGGGUUGGGAUAAAUGGAUCAUCUUUGUCCUAUAACAAGGUUGAUUUUUUGGGAAGAGGUGCAGAAAGUUGUGAUAUUUUCGAUGGAAAUUGGGUUUGGGAUGAAAGAUAUCCACUUUAUGAAUCAAAGGAUUGUAAUUUCUUGGAUGAAGGCUUUCGUUGUUCUGAGAAUGGUAGGCCUGACAAUUUCUAUACUAAAUGGCGUUGGCAACCUAAAGAUUGCAACUUGCCCAGAUUCGAUGCAAAAUCUAUGUUAGAAAAGUUGCGAAACAGACGGGUUGUGUUUGUCGGAGAUUCAAUUGGAAGAAACCAGUGGGAGUCUCUACUCUGCAUGUUAUCUUCUGCUGUUCCUGACAAAAGCAAGAUAUAUGAAGUUAAUGGAAAUCCUAUCACGAAGCACAUGGGUUUUUUGAUUUUUAUGUUCAAGGAUUUCAACUGCACUAUUGAGUACUAUAGAGCUCCAUUCCUAGUGUUUCAAGGUCGUCCACCUUCAGGGGCUCCCCGAAAUGUUAAAUUGACUUUGAGAUUGGAUCAGAUGGAUUGGAGCUCUGCUCAAUGGAAAGGAGCAGAUAUUUUGGUAUUCAACAGUGGUCACUGGUGGAUUUAUGAAAAAACUAUUAGAGAGGGAUGUUACUUUCAACUAGGUGGAGAAGUCGAUAUGACGAUGAAUAUUGAGACUGCAUACAGGAGGUCAAUAUCGACAUUGGUUGAUUGGAUAGGUCAUGAAGUGAAUAUGACCAAGACACAUGUCGUAUUUCGAACUUAUGCUCCUGUUCACUUUAGAGGUGGAGACUGGAAGACUGGCGGCAACUGUCAUCUUGAGAAGCUACCUAACAUAGGAUCAUCCCAAGAGUCGGUGAAAACAUCAUUUGAAUAUAACACUGUGAUCAAUGUGCUGUCUGAGAAACAGAACAAAUCAAAAACAUGGAAUUUGGAUUUAUUGAAUGUAACAGGGAUGACAUUUCAGAGAAGAGACGGUCACUCAUCUUUGUAUUACUUAGGUCCCAAGGUUGGACCAGCUCCUCUCCACCGGCAAGACUGCAGCCACUGGUGCCUCCCCGGUGUCCCUGAUACAUGGAACGAGCUUCUAUAUGCCAACUUCCUCAAACGGGAGUUGGGUUGUGCAAAAUUUUCCAAACAAACUAGUUAAAAUCAACGGUGUGGCAGGUAAAGAGAUGUUAUAGCUCCAACAUUUCAAAUGUUACACCUCAUACGCUUGCAGUGUCAUGGACUAUAAGACGUGUACCUUGGAAAGGGAACUCCAUUUUCAAAUUUUCGUGAGUGGAAUGUGCCCCUUUUCAAGAUUAAAUAGUAGGGACAAUUUUUGCAGCUUUGUAUAGUUGGGAUUAUUUGGAAUCUCUUCACCAAAAUUACUGUAAUGUAGUACAUUAUGUGUUGUUGUAUAGCUGAAGAGAACAACAUUAACCUAAUUUUAUACAAAAUGACGAGCUUCCCCAAUUGCAAUAUUGUA